AUGAACGCUCGUGUAGCACUACGGUGGGCUGGCCGACCCUCACUCGGACCCAUCACUACCUCAAUUCCUACUCUUCUGACCUUCCAGCGCCAUAAAUCCAGCGGCUGGUUCGGUUUUGGUGGUAGUAAAGAUGAGCGCAAAGCCCCAGCAGCUCCGGAGUCAGAAAUUUCAAUUGCCGACGCGCAGUUACAACGCGGAGAUCUUGCAGGAAAUACCCUUUUUGACCAGGAGGAAAUGACCACCGAAGACGGCUUUCCCGUCCUCCCAGUUGUCAACCCGCUCAUUAUCGACCCGGAGCGUCACAAGUGGACAUGGCCGAAGCGCGCCGACGCCCGCGAGCACCGUCGCCGUGGGAGGCUUUCGAAGAAAGAGCAGAUCAUGCAGACGGAGAAGGAGCUACUGGCAAAAUCACACAUGUUCAAGACGUCGCUGAAGAAGCUUGGUCCUAUUGCGAGGCAGAUCGCUGGCAAGAGUUUGGACCAUGCAAUUACACAGAUGAAGUUCUCGCCAAAGAAGGCGGCCAGGGACGUACUGGGACACUUGAAGCAGGCAAAGAACGAGGCUAUUCUCCACAGGCGUAUGGACCCUGGGCAGACGUAUAUUGAGCAGGCGUGGGUUGGGAGGGGCCCUUUUGAAUUCGCGUCGAGCCAUAGGGCGAAGGGACGGAUCGAUAGGCUGAGGCUGCCGUAUACCAGUCUCACGGUUGUCCUGAAAGAAGAGAAAACGAGAAUCCGGAUCAUGAAGGAGAAGGAGGAGAAAUAUAUGCGAAAGAAGCCGUGGGUACAACUCCCGAAUAGGGCUAUCUAUGGCCAAACGCAGUAUUACAGGUGGUAA